GUCAGUGAUUGCUGGACCUGCUUAACAAAAUUUGUAAAUAUAAAAAAAUUAAAAUGUUUAAUUUUCAAAAAAUCCACAGAUUUAGCAGUCUCCUGGUCAAUUCAGUGAGAUAUACUGCUAGAUAUCAGUCAAAACAUAACAAAUCAAAACUGUACAAGGAAGCUGAUAGCUUAAAAAUCGAGAAUUACAUUCGUUUUUAUCCUCGAGUAAAUGGCACGAGCAUUGAGGAUGUUAAAGUUGCUGAUCCACCUAAAUUAUUCAAAGUCACGAGAAUUAAGAAGAUUGCUGGAAAUCCACAUUGGGAGAAGAGAAUAUUAAGAGAUUUUGGGCUGUAUGAGACUGGAGCCGUAGCAGUUGUUAAAAAUAUCCCUGAGAACAACCAGCGACUGUAUAAAGUUAAACAUCUCAUUAGGAUUGAGCCAAUCACCUUCCCAUUCGGCGAACCUUCCAAAGAAGACAUCAACUACUCAUUCCUUAAAGAUAACGGAGAAUGUGUAGUCAUUAAGAAUGUCAAGGCAUUAGAACAGCGAUUAGAAGCAUCUGAUAAAUUUGAGAAGGAUAAUAAACAGCUAGAUGGGGAGAUUCUUCGAAAUGAUACGCGAAUGAAAUGGCUUAAUAAUUAUUAAUUAUAGUGGAUGUUUGUCAAUUUAAUAGAAAUGUUUAAUAAAUUAAAUACAAAAAAAAAAUGUUUUGAACUGACGAGAAGUUAUUACCCGCAUUUAGAUAAACCAAUUUGUUAC